AACAUAAAUAUUCAAAUGUUUAUAGGCAGGGGUUGAUCGGCGAAACGGAGAACUGGUUAAUUCAAACACCUUCCGGGGCUCGAUACCAGUUUUAAUUUUUUCGCGGGGUCCGCCGGUCUUGAGUAACAUUCGUCCCCAUAUAUUAUCGAACAACCGGGUGUCUUCGAUGCGCACAGGCUCCCAUUCAGUGCCCGUCGAUCCGCCCGCAUCGUAAACAAAUCAAAAUAGAGCAGAAAUAAACAACAUGGCGUCGGUGGUGUCAGAGGACUCCGACGAUUAUUUAUCGGACAAUUCGCAGUUCUCGUUGCCCUGGAACGAGACCAGCAGCAAUUUCAGUGAACAGAACUCGAACAGGGAGAGCCCGAUCAAUUCGAGGAACACGAAUAUCGUACACAACCUGUGCAACAGACAGAUUUAUGGAAGGUUUACGCGACAUCCGAGAGCCAAGACUGAAAGAGCCUUCAAUUCCAUACACCCCAAAUGUAGACUGCCUAUCAACACACUGGCCAGCAACAAUCAAUCUCUAUUGGAUAAUGUUUUUAUGGGCUUCACCAUUUGCGGAAAAUAUUUCCUGACGUACUCUGUUAAAAUUUUAACGGACCUGAAUGGACUCAAUUAUGGCAGUGUGUUUUGUUAUGAGUACGAGUUGCUUGUGUGGGCCUUUGUGCCAGGACAAAGACUGAAAUUAUGUUCCAGACACAAAAUAUUUAAGCAUCUAAAGGGCACGGAUUCAUUAGACACCAUCUACUUUAUGCAGUUUCCAUCUGAUAUUUACAAAGUGAUUUGUUAUGGUGUAUCUGGUCCUGCCCCUGAUAUAGUCCACAUUUCCAUUAUGACACUACCGACGUCGAAUUGCAAGCAUUGUAAAGGAGCCUUAUCAGAAAUGGGAGAUUCCUUGAGUCAGGGUUGGUGCGAGAAACAUGGUUUCAUGAUCCACUACAUGGUCUCCAACACGCAACCGUCCCACGCAUUCGACCCUCAAAUAUCUUUAGCUUAUCCGGAUCACCUCGUCAUCAAUACGGGUCCGAAUAUCCAUAUAUUGAACGUGGAGACGGUAAAACCGGUGCACAAUAACUCUCUAGACAAGGAAGAAGUGAUCAAAAUGAUAUCAGCUAAUUGUAAUGACAAUUUAAGUGAAGUCAGCGAAUCUACUAGUGAACAUUUUGGAACUAGUAGUAUUGUAGAUGCAAUUUUGGAGGACUUUAGCGAGUAUGAUAUGGAUUCAAGUGAAUGCAACAAGCCAUUUCAUGAACUGAACAUUAGCUGUGAACCUCUGAAUGUCACAGGAAAGAGCUACCACAACACUCUGGUGCAAAACAUAGUAGACCCAAGACUGAAACGACUGCAGAGCGGCAAAGACUACCCCUUCUCCAUCCCGCAUAGCUCCAACAACCAGAAGCCGCUCGAGAAGACGAAAAUCGACAAGAAGACGGCAGAAAAGGCGUACGAGUUCAUCGAGGAGAACGAAAAGUGCGAGAAACUGAGUUCUUUCCGUAAAAAGCGACUGGCCGAAAAGAAGUACGAGUUCUCCGAGGACAACAGCGAGAACAUCGUGCCGUUCAAUUCGUUGCGUCGCGACCGAAAGUACUUGAACCGUUCGCAGAGCCGCUACGGCAUCAGGUCCCCUGAUUUUAAUUCGUUGUUCCUUAGUCCCAGAUCGCCCGGUCUCAGGUCGCCUAUGCAGUCGCCUAACUCGAGGACGGCCGGUCAGUUCUCGCCUAGUGGUGCACGCAAUUUGUAUUGUCCGUCGGCGACGCGUAACUCGCCCCAUCACUCGAAAUCGCCCAUCAGUCCGAGGGGGGACAGUGCGCGUAAGUUUUACGUCUACUCUCCUAGUUUGGAUAGCGAGUGCUCUGAUCCGGACUCGCGGUUGAUCAUGAGGACGUCGACGUCGUCUAGCGGUGGUGGAACGGACAGCAGGGGGUUCGGUGGUUUGUUGAUUGUGGAUCCGGCCAAGAGCGAGACGCCGAAGUGGAUUAGGAAGGUGGUGCGUCGAUACUCCAACGGUGACUUCGAGAACAGCUCGCUGCUGUCUGGACAGAGUAGAGAUGAUAACAAUUUAUCAAUAGAAAUUCCACUGUUGGUGCAAAACCUAACGGAACAGCAUCUCGACAUGGUGCCUGAGUACAGGGUCGACCAGGUAUCCGAAAUGCAGCUGAUAGUUACCCAAAGAACGUUCGACUGCGAACAGUUCAUCUACCGACAAGCGGAGAAGCUCUGUCAGGAGACGAACUAUGAAUUUUUACACUGUGAUGAUUAUGACAUAAAAAUUAUACAUAUAUGUCCAAUAAAUGGGUACAUUGUUUGUCAAGCUGCCAUAAAGGUGGGUGCGUUGAAGACUUCAGAGCCAAACGGACGGCCACAGUAUUUCAGUUCACAUCUCCUGUUCACGUGGAGCAUUGCAACUGAUGCGUUUGUCGUUGUGGAAGGGAGCAAACUGAUGCCCAGUGACUGUUUUCGGAAGACGCUUCACAUCGAUAUUCCUAGGCCAAACAGUAAAGAGGUACUAGUUAUGGACUUAAAUUUCACGGCAACGAAGACCAAACUCAGGGAUUACAAUAAUUUGUAUGAGGUGAACAUAGUUCCGCCCGAUCAACCGUUUAUCUUAAUGAGGAGGCCUCGUACUUUUGAAAUUGACGAAUACGAAUACUCAAGUGAUGAUAGUGAUUGAAAUGUUGUUCAUGUUUUAAUUUAUUAUAAGCUGAGAUCCUAUUUAAUCUAGAUUUAGUUAUUUAUAUGACAUCACUCUUUCGUUUUUUAUCGUUUUCAUACAGUAAUAAGUUCAACUGUGAUUUGAUGUUGUGAAUAAAAUAAACCUUAAUUAUUUGUG